AUGUCUGACCUAACCGGCCUCGAUGACGUCGCGAAUAGUCCUUCUUCACGCGCGAUGAUCCGCAACAGCAGAUCUGGACAACAUCGUCCAUUCUCUUCGCCAGCGACGGAGGCCAAAUACCGAGGUCCCAAGAACCACCUCCAUGUCGUGACGGACUGUGUCGAGCUAGGUUUUGAGUUGGCUCCCUCUUCGACGCCUCUAAGUAAGUAAUUGUGCGGGCCCGGGGACAACAAUAUUGAGCUCGUCAGGUGGCAGACUAAGAACGUGUCCGAACCACAACAGUCGCCUGAAUGGCAUGAGAUAUCCUUGCGAUGUUGUCUCAGCGAGUGCGGACUAUUUCAUUUGAGAGGAAGUCUGUGUACUUCACUCGUAGGAUUUUCCUCAAGCAGUUGUGGUCAAAUACCUCAUAUUCCACGCACACGGUCCAUCAUCCACAACCGUACAUAAGGACUUUCUGGACGGAAGCACGGCACACAUGAAUCUUCGUGGCGAUGGAGAUGUCGUGUCGAAGGCUUGAUAAAGCCCAACGAGCAGCGUUGAUUCGGGAGGCGAUGUUGUCCUUACUCUGUCCAUUCGGCAGCAGCCUCGCCCCGAGGUAUUUGAGACUGUCUACAUCUUCAAGUUGACAGCCAUCUAUCUCGAGAAGCGCCUUCUCCUGGUCAGGGAUGCAGCUUGGAAACACUUUUGUAUUCCCAGCGUUUGUGAAUAAACUGGUGGAUUUAGUGACCUCACUAACCGUGACACGGUAGACCGUGGCUCUUCAAGGCUUGAAACCAGUAGAGCGAUAUUAGUGGAGUCGAGAUCAGUCAGCCGGAGGCUGGGUGCAAAUUCAACGUCGUCGACUUCGUAUAGUUGAGCAGAAUGGGCGACAUGGUAUAGCUUUGUCAAACGUGUUGUAGCUAGGACCGUAGCAAGCAGGGAGAGCACGAACAAAUCAGGAUGCAAGAAUCAGAACGAGAACACUCUAGGAUAUGACGCAAUUGACGUAAUGGAACUAAAACGAGAAAUAGAAGGGUAGUGGAUGAGAUGAAAUUUGGUCAGGGGCUUAUGUUAGCAUGACGAAACGCCAGACCGAAUAUCUGACGACUGGGAGGGAUUGCUAUGGAGUAAAACUUACGCGGUGGUUGGUGGUGAUGAUUUUCGCCGGUGGUGGUGAUUUUCGCCGGCACGCCAUCUUGUUCAACUGUUCGUCACAGGCACUCACGAUGAACGGAAUCGAAUACAGCAGUGAAGUCAACAAGGCAGACGGCUGCCUUUUGGGGGCUAUGGCGAAAUUCGAGAAUGCGCCUCAGUGUGAGUAUCUGGUCGGCACAUUCACACCCAACCUGGUUAGGCCUCAUUCCAGAAUCACGUGUAGCCUGGAAACGCCUGAUAAGGACCGCGGCGAAGACUUUCGCAUCAACGUCAAGAGAUUUAUACAACAGCUCUCGCAUCCUGUCUUAUAAUCCUUCCUGAAGACAGGCACAAGGAUACCCAUCAGAAACGACCACACCUCUCAACGCCUGUCCAAUCAAGUCAUAGAGCUAGGCGCCAUACUGUCGACGCAAGACUUGCAGAUUUCAGCGGAAAGACCGUCUUCUUCGGAUGCCUUGUUGUUACGCAGCCUUUGUAUCGCAUCAGCGAGUUCUUCAGAAGAGGGCCGCAUUUUUGCACAGAUUAGAAAGGGACAAAACUCCGCUGCAGAGAAAAGCGAGGAUAUGAUCGGUUGCUCAUAAAAAUUGAAAAGAUGCUCGAAGUGUUCACGCCAGCGAUCGAUUUUGGUCGAGUUGCAUCAGUAAACCAGCCAUUUGCACCGCAAAGAGUCGCUCAGUGUUUCCAUAGGCCCGGGUCGUGAAACAGGACGGGAUUUUUCUCCUCAGGGAUUCGAUGGUGCAUGCCUGUUGAAGUUUGACGACCUCAAGGCGUCUUUCACGCAGCGUCCUGGGUGCAGAUGAGGAAGGAACUUUCAAGCAUAUGCGAAAGCGAACAUGGUCUAGCCCAUGGGCGUUACCAGUUUCAGCGCAACACAUCCAUCUGCUAUUGUGGACUAAUUAGAAUGUGAUCGGUCCGACUGGCCGUAUGCCGGCCGUUUACGUAUCAGGUCAACAGAUGUUUUUGGCGAUGCUGAAGGCACGUUUUGGUGACAAAUAGUCGGUUCUGAUUAGAAAAUUUUUUCACCAAGGCCAAAGCGGCUGAUACGGUGACCGUUUGAAAAAUCGCCAAGUCCAGUCCGGCCAUUUCAGACCCCAGCAAUCAGCAGAUCACGACGGGGAGGUCCUUCAACUAACGCCUACAGCAAGAAGUAAAAAAAACAUCGCGUUGUUCGGCGACUGAUUUUGGUGCGUACGCGGAGACGACAGUGAUGUUCGUAAAGUAACCCAUUAGUCGCACGUAGGCCAUCCGGUCACUGACUGGUUUCCAAGCAAAUAGGCCACGGUUGCAUGUUGUGAGAGGGUAAUCGCCAUACUGUGUCUACCGGAAGGGUCGGGUGGGUCUCUGUAGUACAGGGUGACGUGUGAGUUGACUCCCGCGAUCUUUAUUUUCCGUACGCCCGAGUCGGGAAUUUGGACUUCGGACAGGCAGCAGACAUCCGCAAUGCAGUGAUGAAGACUGUGCACCGUCAGAUUGUGGGUGCCAGGGUCCAUAAACAUUCGCACAUCCAUCGUCCAAUUCUAAGAGUCCGGUCCAGAUUGAGUAGUCCAACUCUCAUACUAUUUUCAGCACCACUGGACCAGGGUUGCGGAGCGCGUCGGUCCCGCGGACGUCGUAGCAUAGAUCAUAACAUCGUAAUGGGGCAUAUUUUCAUGACGUUUCGUGGAAAUUAUGAAUAGAGGCGGGUCCCUAACGGCCGCUCGAAUUAUUUGUUCUAGGUUGUCUCCUCUAACACCUUGGUUCAAUAGCCUAGCCACAAGGUAGUGGUGGCAAGCAAACCUAUCUAAUGACGGUUCACAAUCGCUAUGUCGCAGUGCCGUCACUGGGUUUUGCGGCAUUUUAUAGGACAGUCGGCGUGCCGGACCUCAGCCUUCCACAUCCAGUGGCGCUAUCGCUGCCGGUCCACGAUUGCUUAUUCGCCAGAUCCGUGGGGCGGUGGUCAAUGUGGUCAUCAUCUGAGAAUUAGUCUCCGAGAGGUUUAUGGUUAUAAAUGAAGGCAAAUGUGCCAGUUGCAGGUGUAUCCAUGAGUAAAGGAGCAUGAUCGAGCACCGAAACAAUCGAUUUGUUGCUUUAAGUUCCCGAACUUGUACAGGAGUCCAUCGUCAGAUAGGGGCAUCAACAGCACAAGCGACAGUUAUAGAGCGUACUACCCAGUUACGCAUAACUGGAAGUGACUGCACAGGGUUCUGUACACCGCCUCCCGGUCGGUACAUCGAUUGACUGAUUUUUCAUCCUAGGUCUAAGCUUCAAUCCACUCUUGACUUGUCAUGCUUGCGGCGUGAGCGACUAUUUUGUCAGGGCGCGAAGUCGAACUCAUGACCCGUUUCAUAGGUGUGGACACCAGCCUGUGAUAAUUUGUUGCCCUAUCGCACAGCCAGCUCAUGUUCGUGUAUGCGCCAUCCAAACAUGUGUCCGGCCCGGCCUGCGUAUUUGCAAGGACACUUUAGGCACGAGAUGCGAUAUACCCUCCCAGACUGCUCCUUGGGGUUAAAUCGGUUUUGUCGUUUUUUUCUCGUUUACUCUACGCUUCAUAUCUUGCUAUUUUCCUUAACCGGGGUCGAUGCGUUUAACCAUUAUUAAAUGGGGUCCCUUUUGAACUAAUUCUAUAAACGUUUUUCAAACCUUAUUAAGCCUCCCUCGAUACUCCGUUAUUCGAUCAGCCCCCUCCUGAUCCAUACCGAGGGAUCGCACGAGGCUCUUAUUCUUUCAUUUAGGUUGCACUUUGAAUGCCAAAAAUAACCACGAGAAAAAGGCCGCUAAAGUGGGUGUAUUUCUUGACCGAUCAUCCCCAUCCACACGACCACCUUUUGCUCGUCACGUAGACCUUAAAGAUUAACACCUCUCCUGUUCCGAUGAGCGUCCUUAUUUCGGCCAGCCAGUGUCUUGUCAACCUUUUCAGGGAACCACAAUUAUGUCUAUCGUCAUCACCACCCUUAGGUCAGGCUUUUGAAUCGUAAACCCCCCGUUCGCCAACUUCGCUCAUAGUUUCAGUUUUUAGAAAGUGCCAAUUCAGAGGCAGGUUCAAACAGGGGACAGCACCGUGCCUGGAAGACUGGAAAGUCUCUCUCCUAAAUGUCCUUUUCCCUGGAGCAUUGUAGAUUUCGUCAUUUUCAAAAUAGGCCCUUAUGCGAACACCUUAUUGAGUCUUGCCUCGCUCUUUUACAUUUUUGUCUUUUUCGGAAAACGGUCGGGGUAAAAUAGGGCUUACGAAGCCAGAAUCACGGUCGGCAUGGAUAAUUUACAUGAACUCGUAGCGAAUCAUCCAGAUGUCGAUCAGAAUUCUUGUCAGGUGAUGCUUUCACGCUUGCUGAUGGAUGUAGCAUCGCAUCUUUUGGUAAGGUAGUCUAUGAUGACCAUGACAAAACAACUGUCUUCGCCGAAUUCAAACAGUGUUCGGGUGAUGAUGAGCUGUUUGGAGAAGUCGGUCGAUGCACAGUAGCCGCCAACUCAGGAAAUGUCAACCGAAAUUCUGAAUUGCGCUUUUGAAUCGAAAGGACUUUCUAAGUAUGCUCGUAAUAUAAAUGAUCAUGUGGCAUAAUACCAAGAUAUCCCAGCCACGUCAGGAUUUCGACUUUCGAACGAGCUCCUUAUGGAUCGCCUUCGUAGACCAUAUUUCGUAAAAAUGAUCACUUAGGCGGCAUGAGUUUUCCUCGUUGAUUUUCGAUGCCCCUGUGAAUUCGAAUAUAUUUUACAGAAAACAUGCAUAACAACAUUCCUGUUUUACUCGUUUGAUAGCAAAUAAACUUUUUUAAAAAAAUGAUACUUGAAGAAAGAGUGCCAUUUGGUUUUAAGAAGUUUCUAAUCGCUAGAUUUUUUAAGACAGUGAAAUGUUCAGUCGCACAGCAUCGGACCAGGACAUUUAUUAAUGCCGUUGUAAAUUAGACAGCGUAGCCCACAUCAAUUACAAGAUUUUAUGGACCCUAGACGCCCUUUUCAUAAUAGGAUAUAGGAAUGGAUGAUCUUCUUUGCACGAAAAGUAUACAACUUUUAGUUUGGAAAUCGAAUGUAAGUGUAACGUCAGGUCGGGUUCAAAAUUAUUCGGGAACUAAGAAAGUUUUUUAAUACCGAUACUUUUUCUUCAAGUAUACAAUUUGAAGAAGACGAAAUUUUCUACUAAAUGAGUAGGGGGAAGAAUAUGACUGUCGAUCCUUUUUAAAAAUUAUACCUGAAUUUGUAGUACCUUCAGAAAUCAGUGGCAAAAAUUCUCUCUACUUAAGUAGUCGUUUUUACAUAAUACAGCUUUUACAAGGCAUCGGAAGCUGGCAUCCCAACUGAUCGAAAUAUCUUAACAUUAUGCGGACAUGAUAAUUAAUAUUUAAACCCCACCAAAGUAAUCUUUUGGAAUUAAAGACACAUUUCAGAAUUUCGGUCGCAUUUCAUGAGAUAGCGUAUCUACUGUAGGUUUCAAAAAUUGCGCAGGGUUUUCUCACAGGAUCUCUUAACUUGGGUCUGGGGCUCGCAUCAGCCGUGCUUCCAGUUCCGACAAAUAUAUGCACAGAAGUCCUGCCCACGAGCAAACUUUCUACGGAGAAAACCCAGCUCAUCGGACUGCGAACUGACAGUCAGGUGCAAGUAGCUUGGACUGGUCCAUUUGAAUAUGUGAUCGAAACAAGCAGUGAGCAAAAGCCCAAUUUUGUUUUCUAUCAACGUCAGUCUUUGGAUGUUACGGUUUAUUGGUACGGAUUCAAUCAUUUAUGGUCAAUCCGCUCGCAGUUUUCAUAACACUCAUUAAGAAUCAUCGGCAUGGUAACCAUGUUGUGCUAUUUUGAUAGUUUUGAACUCAGAAUUGUUGAAUAAUAUACAUACUUAAAGAUAGUGUCCAUUCGAGACUUAACCCUUUACUGUUUCGGUUUUCAAGGCCGCUUACACGCCACGAAGCUCGAAAGGGCAACACGUCCUCCAACUGGGCUUCCACUGUCCUUUUGCCUCCUGAGGAGAUCGAGCGUUCCCCAUCUCUUCCGUGUCUUACGUACGAGGCGAUCUAUCUUCUCCGACUUUUAGGUAGGUGGCCUUUUUGGCAAAACGUCCAUUUAUUUCCUAAGGCCAUUGAAGUGCAGUCCCGCCCGUCCAACAUCUACAGGUCAGGCAGUAGUAUUUGUCCGCAUGUAUUGUGGUCAAACAGGGCAAUAUGCCUCCACCCCGUAUACAUAAAGAUCAGCAAACGGUCAGCUCUUUACGGGAUCUUCCAGAAUCUUUUGUGAUUUCUGGUAUGUGAAUGUGAAGCUAAUGGUUUCGAAACUCUUUCGGGAAGGACUUGAAGUCAAGUGCGAUUGUUGUUAGGGCCACUACCAUACGUGGCGCUGCGUUCCAUCUGCUGGCGAGCCGCCUGCCUGUCUUCUGUAAGCCAUUUAUUCUUUCCCUUGUCAUCUCACGUCACAGUAGGUAAGUCAGUCUCCAAAUCGAUGUUUCCACUUUUGACACUGAACUGGAUUCCUGAAUAUGGUAAUUACUUGUAGCCAUUCACUACAAACAUUAGAUCGGAGAUUGUAAUCUGUUUCGUCGCAUGAUAACAAACGAGGUAUCUUGGUGGCACCACUCAGUAGCUCUAAUUCCGCACGUUCUGCUCUCAUUGUCAUAGUUCCCAAACUGACUUCAUUGCAAUCUUUCUAAUAGUCUAACCCGACUUGUUUCCUAAGAGACUGCAUUUUUAGCGAUGCGGACGUCGAUCUGCCUCAUGAGGAUGCCUUCCAAAGGCACAACAUCCGACCGUUACUGUUGAGUGACUUUGUUUUCAAAUGCCCGUAUCUGCCGUUGCUGUAAUGUUAGCUUGAAUCUCAUCUUUUGCUGUCAUCAGAAGAGGGCUUUAAUCGCAACCGUCGUCUAGGCGACUGUCAAGUAUGCAAACACAGAAACAUCGGGCUGGUAGGUUGAAAAUCGGGGUCUUCGCUUGGUUCAAGUAGUGCGCCCGUUUUUCAUCAGACUUAACUAAACAGCUCCACCAGAACCGUUUGGGCAUGCUAAAUAUUUCUUUCCCGCCAACUCUCUCAUAAAUUCGCUUGAAGGGAAAACCAUGCAACGCUCCUACGACUUUUUUAGAAGCUGCGCUUGAAUUUUCUACAAUUGACAAAAAGAGCUGGUGAUUAUGUGAUCAUCGGACGUAGUAGAAGGACAUGGUGUAGUUUCCACCUCAGCUGGGCAUGUGCAUAUCCAAGCCUCCGUUGUCUAAGAAGCAGUACGCAGUGUAACCUGACUAUACUAUUGGUGUAAAUGCGGCAGAGUCACUUGUUUUACCGAGAAGCCAUUAGCGCGUUUUAUGAGAUAGACGAUAUUUCUAUCCUCCUUUCUGUUUGUGUUGCCCCCUGCCUGCGUUCGACCCACUCCUUAUCAUGUUUAUGCAUUAUGCUACUCUCUGUUAUUAUGACUGUAUAUGAAAAACCAGACAUGCGCGUCCGGCUUAUUAAUUCUAAAUCCGCCCUUGUCUCCCCCUCCCCCCCAAGUUCGUCUACCCACGCUAAUAAACCAAAUGGCCCUAACAAAGUGUAGACGAGCGAUUGUGUUGCGUCAUCUGUGCCUCUUUAUCAUGUAUCUGGACGCCUCGAGAGAGUACUGGUUCACAAAUUCUGCACCCUCCAAAAUAAACCCACUGGCAGCUCCAGUACUCUCCAGUACCCCAGGAAAGUCUUCUAGGGCCUCCUCGUCAUCUUCAUCUUUCCAGGCCAGACCCAAAUACUCCUCCUCCUCUUCCUCGUCCUCCUCCAACACCAAGACCAGAAAGAUCUCCCCCAAGACGCGACGUAGGUCAAGUCUUGCUUUGUGAACAUGCUCACAACUCGUCUUUAUAUUUCCCCUUCUUUGUAAUGAUUACAUUCUUGAAUUUAAGGCAAGCCUUGUCCGACUAUGGUUUUGUUAUACAAUGGCUUUCGCAGGCUUCGUUUUAAUAGAGGCGUUUGCUUGAGUGACAUCUCUUGCCCUAGCGGUGGACCGGCUGCUGGCCUUUUAAACAAGGUGCUCAAUGAGUAGAUCAAUCGGGCUCCAAUCUCUGGUCAUUCCGGCUUAGCCAGCUUGUGAUAGUGGUGUUGGUAGAUGUUCGUUCUCUUGUCUCCCUGGGUAAAGCUUAUUGAUUGCUGACUGUCCAUCGUUAUUCGGUCACCUGCCUAAGUUGUACUUUGAAUUCCACUGCAAACGAGACCCCUGUGCUCCGUCCUGCAAUCAGGAUAGGUUGGUAAACACCGUUUCUUUGUAACGUAACCAGCUGACUCAGGUCACUAAGCGCCAGUAAUUAAUUCUAUUCGAAUAACUCGGAGUACCGACUGGUCACUACUCUUCAGGAACCUAAGACUGGGCAUUUUGAGCUGGAGGAUAUGACUCAUUUAGGUGGCAUUUCGACCAUUUGGCCACCCUGUCAUCGCUAGAAACGGACACAGUUGCUCUUCUAUAGGAAUAAUUUUUCAUUCUUUUAGUACGCUCGGUGUCAGUUGUGGCCCCAAAGCCCCCGCCACAGUCGGACGGCGACUCGGCUUCAUCUGCACUGGUACCACGCGCUCCCGGUCGCCAGCACAGUCUGCGCUCUUCUAAAGUUGUUUCGGUUGAACAACUUGCUGUCGCCCCCAGCCCUCCACUGGCGAGGUCACGGAAGCGACCCAAUGAUGACCCGCUCUCCGUCAACCCUACCAAGUUUUCCUCAGGGACAGCUGUUGACUCUUCGCCCAAUCCCAAGCGUGCCCGCGCUGCGUUAAUAAGGAAACCAGUCAACGGGAUGUCGUUAUCGCCGAAUCCGCCGUCCCCGCGUCUUACGCGAUCAAGUUUCACACAACGGCAGUCUCAGGAGGCUGUUCUCUCCCCAUCACCCGCCAGCCCAAGCUCAGAGCAAGAGGUGCCGAUGACGCGCACCCGCUCUCGUUUGGAUGGCAGCGGCGUUCUCAAACGCCGGUAG